AUGUACUUUGACAGAAUGUUUCCCUGCAUGGACAUGAGCGCCAUGGAGGACAUGCUGGAAAGCGAGCAGCGCUGUUACGCACCACGUGAACAGCCCAAGGUUCCUGUCUCCAGGCCUUCCAGCCCUGAGUCUGAGCUCAGCUGCUCCAGCCCGGAAACCAAACCGACACCGGAAACGCGCGUGAGGAGACCUCUGAACGCCUUCAUCAUUUGGACGAAGGAGGAACGCAGACGUCUCGCGCAGCUCAACCCAGAUCUGGAAAACACUGACUUGAGUAAAAUCCUUGGCAAGACCUGGAAAGCCAUGUCUCUGGCAGAGAAACGUCCAUACAUGCAGGAGGCAGAAAGACUGAGGGUUCAACACACUAUUGACCACCCCAACUACAAAUACCGUCCCCGUCGGCGCAAGGCCAACAAACGUGCGGCCAAGAUGUCCUCGAAAGAAACAAACGCCUCACCCAACCUCAACCUCAGCUAUAUGUUCCAGAACCAAGCUCUUCAAUAUCCAUACACGCACUCCCACAUGCUCCCUAACUCAUACGCACACCCUCAUGGUCCCGGUUUCCAGCAUCAUCCUGUCCCAUCACAGAAUGGGGCAACAUAUACAAAUGGAGGGGUAACGUUUCCAGAUGGAGCAGUGCUCUUGAACUCGUCAUUAGCAUACCCACAGCAGUCCGUGUACUCGGCAGAACCCCAGCUAUAUUACAGUUAUCAGCAUGCAGUGCAGCAGAGAGGAGAACAGUGGGAUUUGCGGGGAGCAGAAGCGUGUGCUUGUGUCCUGUGUUCAGGUGGACCGUCACUAGAAUUUUACCUGGAACAGGUACGAGUGGACAUGCUUGACCAGCUGGAUCGCAGUGAAUUUGACCAGUAUCUCAAUCCUGUCCAGCCUAAAGACAGAAACUUCCAAUGA